AUGGACAACGCAUCGACGUACCAUGUCAAACCAAACGGUGUGGGGUUCGCACCGGACUGCCAGCGCGUUGCCCUCCCAGGCUUCGAGUUGUGGAUGAACUACAUCGAGAACGUGCAUGUCGUUCCGCAGUGCAUAGACCCAUCCCGAUUUUGUGCCGCGCUCGCGCUCAGUCUGCAGGUCUUCCGCCACGCUGCUGGCCAGUUGCACCGGAAUGACGGUGAAUGGGAGAUCCUACUCACCGACUCUCCCGUUCCGGUCGAGGUCGAGCGCAUUGAUGCCAACGCGAUCCGGGUCGGAGAUGACACAGAGGCCGUCGACUGGGUGAUCCAGCCGAAUCUCAAGCGCUUCUAUGCCCACCGCGACGCCAGCUCAUCGUCUUCCACGCACACCGCCCCGCUGCUCUACGCGAAGCUCACUCUUUCCCGCUCUGAUACCGCUAUCGGCGUGUCUUGGCAUCACACACUUGGCGAUGCCUCCGUCCUGCUGCACUUCAUGCAAUCGCUAUCGCAUCACUAUUCAAACCCUGGCAAGACCCUCGGACCCACAGUACCGACGUUCACAAAGCGAGCGUUCCCGCGACCAACGAAGUCUCUUAUCCACGAGUACACCCCUCUCAUACCGCACCUAGCCCAGACCUGCCCCGAGGCGGAGCUCGGGGCUGUUUACGGAGCGAUGAGCCAUGGAACAUCGCGGGUCGCGUUCCGCAUCACGCUUGACCGGCUAGAGAGGCUGCGCAGCCGUGUCGUGGCGGCUCUGGCCAGUCACCAUCACAGUGAAGGCGAGCAACUCAAACCGUCACGUCAUGACUGCCUGAUCGCGUUCAUCGUCGGGGUGCUCAAUAGGCAUCUUCACGUGCCCAUAACCACCGUCACAAACGUUGCGAGUUAUCGUAGCGUGCCAGGAGUGGUCCACCACUCUGCGGUGGCAGGUAACGCAAUAUGCAUCAUCCCGACCACGCUGGACCCCUCCACGGCGAGUGGUACAUUGGCUGACAACGCCCACCGCCUGCGCGCGAGCCUCACGACCGCGCGCACCCCCGCUUUCGUCGAAGCCUACAUGUCCGUCGCGUCCAACCUCAUGCACACCGCCGUCAACUCCGGGCGUGCCUGGUGGUUCGCUGCUCCGCCCGGGCGCGCCUCCGUCAACUCCAACGCCGCGCUCGCAUGGCACUCCGUGCACUUCGGCUGCCCCGGCCGCGCCCGAUUCUACACCAGCGGGACGAACGACCGCUACAUCAGAGUCUUCCGCUCGAACCCAGACCCUCCAAGCGCCCCGCAGACGCCCGCCGCAGACCGCGUUCUCUGUCCAUCGUCGACACCGACAGAACCCGCGGAAGCUCUCGAAGGCGCGGCGCCACCGCGGCCAGACGACCGGGACCCCGGCUCGCAAGGGUGCGUGACGGCAUUCGGUUUCGCGCGCCUCGAGACUACCCGUCGACUGAGUCGUGCCGGCACGCACAGGCGCGCCGUUCUCACAGCUGCCGCCGACGUGACUGUAGACGGCCCUGGGCCGCGCAGCGCCGGGACGACGACGACGGACUCGCUCGACGUGGUCUUCGCCGUCGCGAGCGGGGUGCGCGCCGCCGUGUCGGGGGCCAUCGCGGCCGAGCUCGCCGCGCCCGACUUCCCGGACUCCCUCCCGGGUCUGUGA